AUGAUUGAAAAGAUUAUUUUUGGAAAAGUUGUAAAAGUAAAAUCAAAAAUUGGGGAAAUCCUAGAACAAAAAGAUACUACAACCAAAGAUGUAACAAUUAUGACAAGAGAUCUUGAAAAGAUCCUUGAAAAGGGAGAUAUGAUACCAGAAGAUAUUAGUAUGACAUUAGCAGAACAAUUAAAUGAAGAAUUACAAGAAGAAAAUCAUAAAGUUAGAGAAUCAUACAAUCAACUUAACAAAGAAUUUAAUGAUAUUAUUCCAUGUCAACAACAAGAAAUAGAAAGAUUACAAACCAGGGAACAAAUAUUAGAAAUGAAAUCAUCAUCAUUUGAAACAGAAAGAAACCUAUUAAGUAAUAGAAAUAAAAUAUUGAGAGAUCAAGUAUUUGAAAUGAAGGAAACUUUUAAGACAAGUACAUUGAAGUAUGAAGAAAAAAUUAAAGGAUUGAACGAAAUAUUGGAUGAAUUGAUAACAACUUUUGAAGCAAGGACACUAGAAUAUGAGACUAAAGUUAAUGAAUUGAAUGAAGAAUUAAAAGAAUUGAAAAAAUAUAAACAAAUAUCUCAAAAAAUAAUGAAAAUCUUCAAAAGAAGGAAAACACAAGAAAAAUAA